GGUUUCGUCAGCCCACUGUAAGAAUAAGUUUGAGCAAAGCUACAGGCAUGGGAGCUGUCAUGAAUUCACUGCAGGAACCACUCCGGCACUGCCAGAGGACUUCAGCCAGCAGCAGAGGAGCACUAGCACAGCUGGAAGAGAGCUGACACCCAAAAGAAUAUCUCCAGGCUGCAGCAUGAACAGACAUAGAGACAUUCUCUUCCAAUGGCUGUCCAUUGCAGUGGGAUGCCUGCAGACUUCACACCAGCAAACCUCACCAGCCCAUGGCACCCAGUGCUGGGUAGAGAGCACCAGGAGACCACUGGCAGAUCCUGUGCAGGGAAUCUGAGGCAUCAUUUUGGGAGUAUGUGCAGCUCUUGCAGCUUCUGAUUCUCUCCCUGCUAUCCUAGACUCAAGCUACCUAUGGCUAACUGUGCUGCUGAGUGCUCAGAGGAUGAAUGAAACCAGUCCUGCUCUAUCAGAGAUGCUGAGAAUACAUUCCGUGCACUCGGUGUGCAUGAAGCCUUUUUAUUUUUCCCCCUUUGGAAUCUCUUUGAAGCAAAAUGUUCCCCAAGCUCCAGCAGCAGAUUGCCCCAGGUGGCUGUGCCAUGGGCUCUGAGAGCACCUUCUAGUGCACCCCAAAGGGCUCCGAUCCCCCUCAACUCUCAACCUCCAGCUCUGCAUCCCACACGCCAAUGCUGUGGCACAAUAUUAAGUAACAUAGGGUACAGUCCUCACUACUGACUGGACAUGGCUGAAAGGACUAAGAAUUUUAUACAGAACAAAUUCCAUGGAGACAAUCCCAAAGAUUAAGCUUUAAAGAAACCAUGAAAAUUCUUCAUUAAAGCUGUAUAUUUUAAGUGAGCAGCAGUUAUGAAGAGUAACAGAGCAAUCUGCCCUUGGAGCAUUGCCACUGCAAAAUGCACUGUGUGGGACAGCAGUGUUACCAGCGCUAUUUCCCAGACUCCGUAGUAUAAACCAAGCGGAUUUAUUCCUGGCCCCAUAUCCAGCUGUGUUGCUCCAGCCCUCCUCUGUCCCGGCUCCUACCCGUGGCUGUGCCCGCAGUGCUGCUCCCGCACAGCCUCAAUCCUCUCCUCCGGCACAGCUCUUAAAAGCCGUUUCAUAAAUAUUCCAUGGCCUUUCAGCCCGGGUAAUGUGCCUCUGUGACAUUAAAGAGGAAACUCCGUGAAGGGGAGGGAUGACAACAAAUUUAUCCACCAAUAGCACACUCUUUUGGCACAAAAGCACAUUCUUAUCUUUACAUCCCAUAAUGAGAAGGCAGAGACGGGACUGUUGCUGCAGCUCUCUGGGUGGGUAGCCGUGCCGUGGAAGAGCCGGGUGACUGUAAACCGUGAGAUAUUUUCCACCCCCCUCCUCCUCCUCCAGAAGAAGGACCCGUGCCGCUGUUUGCUCGCCGUGUUUUCCCAAGCCCCCGACGAGGAGCUUCUUGCACGAUGUCUGACUGUGAGGGACUGCCUGUGGAUGACAGUGCCUCUGCUGCAAGCAGUAUGGAGGUAACGGAUCGCAUUGCCUCUCUGGAGCAACGUGUCCAGAUGCAAGAAGAUGACAUCCAGCUGCUAAAAUCUGCCCUUGCUGAUGUGGUUCGACGCUUGAAUAUUACAGAGGAACAACAGGCCAUGCAAAACAAGAAAGGACCUACCAAAGAUCAGAGUAUGAUUAAAAAAGCUGCUGCUGAGGCUGGUAAACAUGUCAGUGCUGCUACCACAGCAAGACCGCUGGUACAAACGCUGCCUUUAAGGACAACUGUUAAUAAUGGAACUGUGUUACCAAAGAAACCAAGUGGCUCUUUACCUUCUCCAUCAGGAACCAGAAAAGAAACUGUAUCACCAGCAGCAAAAAGGUCUGUGAAUCUUCUCAAUGCAUGCAAACUGAAAAAGCCUGCUCUAAGUACUAUUAAGAGAACCAGCUCUUCUGAGCGUGUGUCCCCGGGAGGCCGGAGGGAAAGCUAUGGAGAUUCCAAAGGGAGUCGCAACCGCACUGGAUCCACCAGCAGCUCAUCCAGUGGUAAAAAGAACAGUGAAAGCAAACCUAAGGAGCCAAUGUUCAGUGCAGGGAAGCGCCGUGUGACACACUGCAAAGAGGAAGGAUAUGUAAAAAUGUUUCUUCGUGGACGUCCUGUUACCAUGUACAUGCCCAAAGAGCAAGUGGAAUCUUACAAUUUGGAAGCAAAAGUAGAACUACCAGCCAAGAGGCUUAAACUGGAAUGGGUCUAUGGAUAUCGGGGUCGGGACUGUCGCAGUAACCUGUAUCUUCUUCCAACGGGUGAAACUGUAUAUUUCAUCGCCUCUGUGGUUGUGUUAUUCAAUGUUGAAGAACAACUUCAGAGACAUUACACUGGUCAUAAUGAUGACGUGAAGUGCCUGGCUGUCCAUCCUGACAGGAUCACUAUAGCAACAGGUCAAGUUGCAGGUACAUCCAAGGAUGGAAAACAAUUACCACCACACGUACGUGUUUGGGAUUCUGUAACUCUGAACACACUGCAUGUCAUUGGAAUGGGUUUCUUUGACCGAGCUGUCACUUGCAUUGCUUUUUCUAAAUCUAAUGGGGGAAGCAGCCUUUGCUCGGUGGAUGACUCAAAUGACCACGUGCUUUCUGUGUGGGACUGGCAGAAGGAAGAAAAGCUGGCGGAUGUGAAGUGCUCUAAUGAGGCUGUAUUUGCUGCAGAUUUUCACCCCACUGAUACAAAUAUAAUAGUUACUUGUGGAAAAUCACAUCUUUAUUUUUGGACACUAGAAGGGAAUUCCCUUAUUAAAAAGCAAGGAUUAUUUGAGAAACAAGAGAAGCCAAAGUUUGUCCUGUGUGUGACCUUUUCUGAAAAUGGUGAUACUAUUACAGGAGACUCGAGUGGAAACAUUUUGGUUUGGGGGAAAGGCACCAACAGAAUAAGCCACGCAGUUCAAGGGGCACAUGAGGGCGGAAUAUUUGCACUCUGCAUGCUGCGAGAUGGCACACUAGUGUCAGGAGGUGGAAAAGACCGAAAGUUAAUAUCUUGGAAUGGAAACUACCAAAAACUUCACAAAACUGAGAUUCCAGAGCAGUUCGGUCCAAUAAGAACAGUGGCUGAGGGAAAAGGUGAUGUUGUACUAAUAGGAACUACCAGAAAUUUUGUCCUACAGGGGACACUGUCAGGAGACUUUUUCCCUAUUACCCAGGGUCACACUGAUGAGCUGUGGGGGCUUGCAGUCCAUUCCUCUAAACCUCAGUUCUUCACUUGUGGACAUGACAAACACAUUACCCUCUGGGAUGCUACGACUCAUCGUCCUAUCUGGAACAAGAUUAUAGAGGAUCCAGCACAGUCUUCGGGUUUUCAUCCUUCAGCAGCUGUUGUCGCAGUAGGGACGCUAACUGGAAGGUGGUUUGUGUUUGACACAGAAACAAAAGACUUGGUCACUGUACACACAGAUGGAAAUGAACAGCUGUCCGUAAUGCGUUAUUCACCAGAUGGAAAUUUCCUGGCAAUAGGUUCCCAUGACAACUCUAUUUAUAUAUAUGGCGUAAAUGAAAAUGGAAGAAAGUACACUAGAAUUGGCAAAUGUUCAGGUCAUUCCAGCUUCAUUACUCAUCUGGAUUGGUCUGUUAACUCACAGUAUCUUGUGUCUAAUUCAGGGGACUAUGAAAUUCUAUAUUGGAUCCCCUCAGCUUGUAAACAAGUAGUGAGUGUUGAAACUACGAGAGAUAUAGAAUGGGCCACAUACACCUGUACUUUAGGAUUCCAUGUUUUUGGUGUAUGGCCUGAAGGUUCAGAUGGAACAGAUAUCAAUGCUGUUUGCCGAUCACAUGGGAGAAAACUGCUGUCAACGGGGGAUGAUUUUGGCAAAGUACAUCUCUUCUCAUAUCCAUGUUCACAGUUUAGGGCUCCCAGCCAUGUGUACGGUGGACACAGUAGUCAUGUAACUAACGUAGACUUUCUCUGUGAAGAUACCCAUCUCAUCUCCACAGGUGGAAAAGAUACAAGUAUUAUGCAGUGGCGAGUCAUAUAGAGGAAACAUCUGUGUGAACGUAUGCAGUUGAGUCGACCAUGCACAGAACUUAUGUAUAAACUGUAUAUUUAAAACUUAACAGUAUGUUUGCAGUUUAGCCUGGUCACUGUGAUUUUUGUUUAAAAAAAAUUCUUACAAACCUCAGGAAUAUGAAGCCCUGUGCUGGUUACUUUACUCAGUUUAGUGAUUUUUUUUUUUUUUCCUUUGUUGUCACACCUUAAGAAUGAUUGUUUUUCUUUUGUGUACAAUAUACAAUGCAGUACAAGUUGAAUAUAAAAACGUGGCUCGACAGUUUGCAAUACAGUGGUAUCAGCGGAAUGUGACUAUCUUAAAUGUUGUCUAUAAACACUGCUAAAAUGGUCACGAAAAUGCCUUUCAAAAACUGUAUAUAUGUGCUUACUUGUUUCACUAUCUACACUUCGUACUGUAUAUCUACUUACCUAGAAAAAUAUUUGGUGAUGUCAAGGUACUGAGUUGCUUCUGAUAGAGGAUGAUGAAUCGAUGCAAAAAGUAUAAACAAGAUGCAAAUAGUAGUGUUCUUGAUGUACGCUCUCUUGGGCGUAGCACGCUUUGAGUAGCACUUGUGAAGAGUUCUAUUCCCUUUCAGAGGAGUGAAGCAGCAGAUUACGUCCUGGUUUGAGCUGACUAUCUCAGCAGGGUUUACAGAUGGCCUUUGUGGUUCAGGUAUUCCGGAGAAGUUUCAAUUAAAAAAAUCUUUAUACUUUGUAAACGACAAAUUUCUUUUUGCAAAUGAAACACAUAAAGCUUGACCACAUCCCCAUUAUUGGUUGAUAUAUUUAACUAAUAUGUAUAUUAAUCAGCAUGAUGCUAUAUUGUACAUGUAUAAGAUUUUAGCAGUUCAUAACAAAUUGUAAGGCAAUCCAGCUUUACUUUUUUAUGCUUAUGGAUAUUGUAUAUUUGUAUUUUAAGACCAAGUAGACCAAGUCUAAAGAUAUCUUUUUAAGUGUACCAUAAACCUGCAUAGGGUAAAGGAAGUCUUCAAACCUACAUGAAAUAUUAAUGUGUAACUUCUGGCCCCCUGUGUUUUGUGCAUGGAUGGAUAUUUAUAGUACGAAAUAAGAUUGUGUUUUGCAAUGAAGUAAUAGUGGAGGUGGUAUAAAAUGGUUAAGAAGGCCUUAUCAGUGGUGAUUGUGACACGGAUUGAAAUGUAUUGUUUACUUUGAGGAAUGUAUCUGAAUUUUAAGAGAGAGGAGUCUUCAGUGGACUCGAAAAAGAUAUUAAAGUUUUGCUCCUAAUGGACAGUACACGUUAACUCUCUGAACUCUAAAGCACUGGUUGUUUAGAGUGACUUAAAUGAAAUGGAAUCAAUAAAUUUUGAAACUUUUUUUUUUAUUACAUCUCCAACCUCCUACACUGAAUGUGCAGGACACCAAUAAACAUGUAUUAAAAUGAA